AUGGAUGCAAAGAGCGUGUCUCCGAUCGACGACCUCGACAUUUCGGAUCUCGCCCUGUCAAGCAAUGAUGGUCCCGAUCUUCCAGCUGCGCAAGAAGUAGCCGAAUCUGGUGUGGCUCCAACGCCCGAAGAUACAAGUCAAGAGUCUUCCGAAAGCGAGAAGCACGGGGCCAAGUCAGACGUUGUGGGCAGCGCAGAAGAUGAAACACAAGAAGAGCAGGUACUGCAUGGCCUACGGAGAGUCCAAGAUGUUGUCAACUCACCCUCCCUUGAUGCCGCAACUCCAAACCUGUCCGGCAAUGCGGAACAUGUGGACCGAACCUGCGCCGAUAGAGAGCCACAGAAGACAUUGAAGAACGAGUCGGAGGCAGAAGAACUCUCCCCACUGGACAGAUUUGUUGAGGCCGCUGAGAUCAUGGGUCCGCUGACGGGUGAAACGAUUUCGUUCUUGAACGACCUUCAAAACCUCAAACGGACCCUCGAAAAGAGUGCAAAGCUCUCGCAGCCGCUACGAUCGUUCCCAUUUCUGAAUGAGGAGACGCGGCGUGCAUUCCUCGCACACGAUAUGAGGCCAUACCAUACAGAUAUCCGACGGCUUGGCCAGAGAGCCCGACUUCUCCGCCAAGCGGGCGAUAGAUGUUCGGUGCUUUGCGAGAGCAUUUUAAGCCCCGAAGCUCGAAAGUCUGUGGACAUUGAUACGCUUGAUGAGUUUCUCGAGGUAGUUGAUCUGAGUGCUGUGUGGUCCGCGGUCAAUAGGCGAUUGGGCAUCGAAGUCGAAAACUUUGAGAUCUCUCUCAGAGAGUGGGAAGUGUAUGAGCAUUUUGUGGAAUGA